AUGCAGGCUACAGCAUUUAUAUUCCUUUUGCUGAUGCCAAUAGUUAUCUGUAGUGAAUUCAAAGGCGGAACUAUUUCUUGGAGGCCUACAUCCUCACCGCAACAGAUAGAAAUUUCCUAUCGUAUGGCUUGGAGUCGUUCGAAUAUUGGAGCCAGUUGUGACGGCAGCAAAAUAUCUUCCCAAGGACUGAUAACAGUUGAUGGUAACCUCUAUUGCAGGAUGGGCUGCGACAAGCAGAUCAGCUCAAUGCAUGGGAAAUGCAUUGCUUACAGUUCUAGCGAAGACUGGUCUUUAGGAGAAGGGUCCUUCAUGUUUACCCUUCCUACGCCCGGAAUCAGUUAUGUUUUUAGAAUGGAACAGUGCUGUUGGCAGACUUUGACGACUGGUGCUUCGUCAAAGGAUAUAAGGAUGACCAUGACAGCGAACACAGCGCCACGGGCCGACACAGGGGUCCUCAACUCCUCCCCGGUCGUUACCAUGGCACCAAUAAUCCGUCUCCUCAAUAAUUGUCCACAUACAUUCAGAAUUCCAGUACUCGAUCCUGAUGGGGAUAUUGUCCGCUGUCGUUUUCCCAACAAAAACAACACAGACGAAUGUGGGUAUCUUUGUAAUGGACUUUUGGAAACUGCAAUCGAUAAAUUAAAGGACACAUGCAUGUUUUCUUACAACCCGACCAAAACCGGAACUUUUGGUGUCCACGUACAAAUCGAAGACUUCUCGACCAGGCCUGCGGCAGCUGUCCUCAGCUCGGUUCCACUUCAGUUUUUGAUAGAAGUGUUUGACGACGACCCAUUGACGUGUACUGACGCUCCUGUCUUUGUUGCUCCUACUCCUAUUGAUGGCAGUUGUUACUCAGUUUCUAAUACGUUCACAAAGGUGCUUGUGGCCAGGACUGCAAGUGCCUCUCAGACGAUAACAAAAAUAUCCACAAUUGGACCGGUAGGGACUACGAAGACCAGUCUGUCCCGCUAUGGUAGUUCUGGUAGAGAAUGGUCAAUAACAGUCACUUGGACACCAACACAGAGCCAGAGUGGGCUUCAUCAGCUUUGUUUCAGUGCAGAAGUUAAUAAUAAAUUAACUUCAAGCAUGAACUGUGUUGAACUUCUUAAAGGAACCCCACCCGCAGUAAAGCUCGUGAAAGGAUGCUUAACGCCUUUUGGAAAAACUUGGGAUAAACUCACUACUACGUUAAAAAUGUGUUUUAACAGAAAGUUUGUUCGACCAAAAACAGACAAGUUUCUUACAAUACAUCAUGUCAAUGGAACCGUGGCACGCAGAUUGAAUCUAGCGGAUCCAGCAGUGGCCUCCUUCCCGGACUUGGAUGGGAGGGAAGUCACCAUCACAUUAGAGGGGUCCCCUGAGUCUAGUAUUUUACCUGCUGGAGAAUACUAUGUUCUCGUGGAGUCAGGAGCAGUUUCGGCGGGUUCUUUGAGCUGUACCACAGACUGGUCUGGAAUCGCACAGCCUUUCUUCUGGAAUUUUACUGUCGAUGGUUAUCAAACAUACCUAUCCUUUACCUUCUAUUUUUGUCUUUUUUUCGGUUUGGAUGGUUCAGUUCACUGGGAGACAGCAGCUGGGUCUGUUCCUUUUGACCCUGAUUUUAACCCUGAUUUUGACCCUGGUUUCUUUGAUGUGGAACCACCAACUCUCACUUUUACCUCUAACCCUUUGGAGACCAAAGGCAACGCCUCUAUCACGUGGAGUGUCAGCGAACCUCUUGCAGUUUCCUCCUGUGCCAUUACAUAUCCAAACAAAACCGAGUCAGAUGAACCAUGCUUUGGUCAGUGGGAGGCUCUGGACUUACCCCCUGGUCCGUACCAGAUCAGCAUCACCUUAGUGGAUCUGGCUGGUCUUCAGGGAGGACCUUUUCUUCUUAUUUGGACUAACAUUGACGUUACACCACCAACACUUACUUUUAGGCGGAAACCACGACGGUCGCUCAGCAAAGCUAACAUCACAUGGGUCACUAGCGAGGUCGCUACUGGGGUUUGUGAGAUUUCAG